AUGGUCUACAUCAGGCCGACGGCCAGGACGGCCGCCUCCAUCAUCCUGCGCGGCCCGAACGACUUCUACUGCGACGAGAUGGAGCGGUCGGUGCACGACGCCCUCUGUGUGGUGCAACGCGUACUCGAGUCCAAGUCGCUGGUGGUAGGGGGCGGUGCCGUCGAGACGGCGCUCUCUAUCUACCUGGAGAACUUCGCUACGUCAAUGAGCUCUCGGGAGCAGCUGGCCAUCGCCGAGUUCGCCCACUCGUUGCUGGUCAUCCCCAAGACACUGGCCAUCAACGCCGCCCAGGAUUCCACAGACUUAGUGGCCAAGCUUAGAGCGUACCACAACGCCAGCCAGACGCAGACGGAGCGGGCGGCCCUGCGCCACGUCGGCCUUGACCUGGUCGAGGGCAUCGUGCGCGACAACCUGCAGCACGGCGUGUUGGAGCCGGCCAUCUCCAAGGUGAAGCAGCUUAAGUUCGCCACGGAGGCGGCCAUUACCAUCCUGCGCAUCGACGACUGCAUCAAGCUAGAGCCGGAACAGACGGACGACCGGACGUACGGCAACGCCAUGCGACGCGGCCAGCUCGGCUAGAGUCGCCGCCGGCCCGCGCAACCCCCCUCGCGGCUGGCCAGCCCGGCUGGCAGAGCCACUGAUCAUUAACGCCUGCGUUCCGUUGGGUCCCCAGCGGGAUCGAUUACUAGUUUUGUCAUUGUUCGCUCUCUGCGCAAUAACCGAAAUAAAAGCACAUCUCUGUGGAUGAUUA